ACUUCCGGUGGUGUGUCAUGGCGGCCUGGUGGAGUAUGCUUGAAGUGAAAAACUAAACCAAACCCCCCUCCUCCCUCCACCUCCUCCUCCGUUCUCCUCCUUGAUUAUUUUUGCGGAGAGGUUUAGGGGGUAUUUUGUCGCAUCCGGGGCGAAUCGAGAGCAGGAAUAGGGAUCGCAAAAGUGAUUGAUAGGAGACAUAGCGGCGCGCGCACCCGCCUGAGCAUGGCGGCGCACAAGCCCGUGGAAUGGGUCCAGGCCAUCAUUAUUCGAUUCGACGAACAGCUCCCAAUUAAAACAGGACAGCAGAAUACCCACACCAAAGUGAGCACAGAGCACAAUAAAGAAUGUUUGAUCAACAUCUCCAAGUACAAAUUUGCCCUCGUCAUCAACGGUCUGACCAACAUACUCAAAAAUGUGAACAACAUGCGGAUCUUUGGCGAAGCCGCCGAGAAGAACCUCUACCUCUCCCAGCUGAUUAUCCUGGACACACUGGAGAAGUGUUUGGCAGGGCAACCCAAGGACUGCCUGAGGCUGGAUGAGGCCAUGUUGGUAAAACAGUUGCUCCCUGAAAUCUGUCACUUCCUGCACUCGUACCGUGAGGGCCAGCAGCACGCUGCUCAGCUGCGCAGUUCUGCCUCUGCCGUGCUCUUCUCUCUCAGCUGCAACAACUUCAAUGCCGUCUUCAGUCGUAUCUCCACCAGGUUGCAAGAGCUCACAGUUUGUACAGAGGACACAGUGGAUGUCCAUGACAUUGAACUCAUCCAGUAUAUCAACGUAGACUGUUCCAAGUUAAAGAGACUCCUACAAGAAACAGUACUUAAAUUCAAAUCUUUGAAAAAGCCGGCUCAGCUUGCAGUAAUCAGCAGUUUGGAAAAGGCUUUCUGGAACUGGGUUGAGCACUACCCUGAUGAGUUCACUAUGCUCUAUCAGAGACCGCAGGCUGAUAUGGCUGACUGUGCAGAAAAACUGUUCGACCUGGUGGACAGUUUUGCAGAGAGUGCAAAGAGAAAGGCUGCUGUGUGGCCGCUACAGAUCAUCCUCCUCAUCCUCUGUCCAGAGAUCACUCAGAGCAUCACCAAAGAAGUAGGGGGGGAGGAGAAAGCUAACAAGAAGUCCUUUGUGGACAGUCUGCGGAAGGCUCUGGGACAACACAGCGGCAGCAGACAGUUGACAGAGAGUGCGGCCGUCGCAUGCGUCAAACUAUGCAAAGCCUGCACCUACAUCAACUGGGAGGACAAUUCUGUCAUCUUUCUCCUAGUUCAGUCAAUUGUCAUGGACCUUAAGGGUCUUCUGUUUAACCCUACUAAGCCAUUCUCGAGGGGUGCGGGCUGCCAGAGCGCUGAUGUGGAUUUGAUGAUUGACUGCUUUGUGUCAUGUUAUCGCGUCAAUCCUCGUAACAACCAGCAUUUUAAGGUAUGCCUGGCCUCGACUUCUCCUCCUACCUUCCAUUUCGUCCUGGUAAACUCCCUGCACAAAAUUAUCACCAAUUCACACCUGGACUGGUGGCCGAAGAUUGACGCCAUCUACUGCUACUCAGGAGAACUGCGCACCAUGUUUGCGGACACAUUGGGCCGAGUGGUUCAGAGUCUUGGUGCCCAUCCACCUCUGAGGAUGACAUCGAGUCUGACAUUCAAAGAGAAAAUGACAACUAGUUUAAAGUUCAAGGAGAAGUCCACUGACCUUGACUCGCGUUCUCUGCUGCUGGCCCUGGUCAAACUCAUCCACGCUGACCCCAAAUUAAUGCUGCACAACCCAGGGAAACCUGGUCAAGAGAUCCAGAACAGCACAGCUGAGCUCAUCAAAGGUCUGGUCCAGCUGGUUCCGCUCAACCACAGUGCUGAGUUUUCACAGGAAGCCAUGGAGGCACUGUUGGUGUUACAUCAGCCAGAAACUAUUGAGCUGUGGAACCCUGACGCACCCAUUGAGACCUUCUGGGACAUCAGCUCCCAGGUCUUAUUUCUGAUCUGCAAGAAGCUGAUUGGACAUCAGAUGAUCAACAGUACAGAGAUACUGAAGUGGCUCAGGGAGAUUCUCUUAUGUAGAAACAAGUUUCUCCUAAAGAACAAGGAGUGUGCCACACAGGGCAGUCUCAUUCUCAUCAGCAAACAGGCUCAGACCAAGCUGGAGGUGUGUCUCUACACCUUCCUGUGGAGCCCUGACGCAGAGGCUGUGCUGGUGGCCAUGUCCUGUUUCCGGCAUCUCUGCGAGGAGGCGGACAUCCGCUGCAGUGUGGACGAGCUGCCUGUGCACACGGUCCUGUCCAACUACAACACCUUUAUGGAGCUCGCCUCUGUCAGCAAUAUGAUGGCUACAGGCCGCAACACACUUCAGAAGAGAGUUAUGGCACUGUUAAGGAGGAUAAAACACCCUACAGCUGGAAAUGUAGAGGCAUGGGAAGACACACAUGCAAAAUGGGAGCAAGCUACUAAACACAUACUCAACCACCCGAAAAACAAAGUGGAAGAUGGACAGGAGUGGAUCAACAUGACCGGUUUCUUGUGCGCCCUGGGGGGUGUUUGUCUCCAGCAGCGCAGCACCCCUAGCCUAGGCACCUACAGCCCUCCUAUGGGCCCCCUAACCGAACGCAAGGGCUCCAUGAUCUCUAUGGGCUCUUGUGAGGUGAACAGCGAGACGUCUCUUAACAGGUUUCUGGACCGUCUGCUGGGUCUCAUGGUCUGUACACAUGAAAAGGUGGGCGUGCAGAUUCGCACCAACAUCAAAGACCUUGUGGGACUGGAGCUCAGUCCAGCUCUCUACCCCAUGCUCUUCACCAAGCUACGCAACAGCAUUGGACGGUUUUUUGAGACCCAGGGUCCGGUUCCCAUUACAGACACAAACACACUGUUUGUAGAGCAGACCAUCGCCAUCAUGAAGAACCUGCUUGACAGUCACACUGAAGGAAGCUCAGAGCACCUCGGUCAAGCCAGCAUUGAGACCAUGAUGCUCAACCUAGUUAGGUAUGUGCGUAUUUUAGGGAAUGUUGUCCAUGCCAUUCAGAUCAAAACUAAGCUGUGCCAGCUAGUGGAGGUGAUGAUGGAACGCAGGGAUGAUCUCUCCUUCUGCCAAGAGAUGAAAUUCAGAAAUAAAAUGGUGGAGUACCUCACAGACUGGGUGAUGGGAAUCUCUAAUCAAGCAGCAGACGAUGACGUCAAAUGUCUGACCCGAGAGUGA